AUGAAAACAUUUGAGGAGCUGGAGAAUGAAGAUGGCUAUAUGAUCCUAAAUUUCAAGAAUUGUCACAAAUUCAGACAGAGAUCCAAAGAUUUCUGCCGAUAUCCUCAGUAUUACUGUCUUAUGCUAGUACUUGGAUGUAUUGGGAUCCUUAUUUUCAUGACAGGAAUUGAGUGGGAAGUUACAAAAAAAAAAAAGGAUUUCCCUAAGAAUGUAAAUAUCAGCAGUCUAGCAGGUAAUAAUUAUAUACACCUGAAUGACUGGGUUUUGAACUAAGGCAAAUGUUACUGAUUUUCAACUUCUUUUAAAACUUCGGAAGAGAGUCAACAUGACUGUACAAAGCUGCAAGCACAUUUGCCAGUGAUUCAAAAUUUGGAUGAGCUGGUGAGGAAUCAAAAGCAAAAAAGUUUCUUACAGAAUAGUUUAAAACCUGGGUAUUUCGGUUGGAUUGGACUAUAUGUUACAUCCCAAGGAAACUUAUGGACUUGGAUAAAUGGAAACUUUUUAGUUCCACAAGUAUUUCCUGUAAUUGGACCAACUGAUAACAAGAGCUGUGCCAUCACAACAAGAAAGCAGGUGUAUUCUGAAGGAUGUAAAUCCAAAUUCAAAGGCAUUUGCCAGAGAGAUGCUGUCUUUUUUCACACACAGUAG